GCCUGGCUCAGAGUAAUGGUGGUGUGCUGACUCCCGCGGAGCUUGGGUGCCCUCAUGGCUCUGAGGGCACUGACUCGCGCUCUGGGCUCUUUGAGCCUGACGCCCCCAGCCGUCGCUGCCCUCGGGCCCAGCCUGCUCCCGGCCGCGCAGCUGCCCUCUUCCUCAGUGUUGCUCCCCUGCCGUCCACUGCUUACCUCCGUGGCCCUUAGUGCGAAUAUUGUGUCCUGGAAGAGUCGUACCAAGUACACCAUUACACCAGUGAAGAUGAGGAAGUCUGGGGGCCGAAACCACACAGGCCGAAUCCAAGUGCAUGGUAUUGGCGGGGGCCACAAGCAGCGUUAUCGCAUGAUUGACUUUCUGCGCUUCCGGCCUGAACUGGAAACAAAGCCAGGACCGUUUGAGGAGAAGGUCAUCGUGGUCCGCUAUGAUCCCUGUAGAUCAGCAGACAUAGCUCUGGUUGCUGGGGGCAGCCGGAAACGCUGGAUCAUUGCCACAGAAAACAUGCAGGCUGGAGAUGUCAUCCGGAACUCUGACCACAUAGGCCGAAUGGCAGUUGCUGCUCGGGAAGGGGACGCACAUCCUCUUGGGGCCUUGCCUGUGGGGACCCUUGUCAACAACGUGGAGAGUGAGCCAGGCCGGGGGGCCCAGUAUAUCCGAGCCGCAGGGACGUGUGGUGUGCUGCUACGGAAAGUGAAUGGGACGGCCAUCAUCCAGCUGCCCUCCAAGAGGCAGAUACAGGUUCUGGAAACGUGCAUCGCAACAGUAGGCCGGGUAUCCAACGUCGAUCACAACAAACGUGUCAUCGGCAAGGCUGGGCGGAACCGCUGGUUGGGCAAGAGGCCUUCCAGUGGACUAUGGCACCGCAAGGGGGGCUGGGCUGGCCGCAAGAUUCGGCCACUGCCCCCCAUGAAGAGUUACGUGAAGUUGCCCUCCGCAGCUGCCCAAAGCUGAUAUCCCUGGAUUCUAAUAAAAUCGCCCCCCAUUUUUAUCCA